AUGGCCGACGACGACGUUGACUUGUUCCGUGAAGGCUUCGAGGCCGAUUACAGAGACAGAGAGAAUGACGUCUACGAAGGCGCGGGAUUGGAUGAUGAGGGCGAUUUUGAUUCUAUGGACUUGGGCGAGAGACGACGACUCGAGGCUCAGCUCAACCGACGAGACAGAGAAGUUGCCCGCCGGCAAAGGAUUCCAGCUGCAUAUCUUCCCGGCGAUGACGAUGACGGUGACAUUGACCUGACGGCACAGCCUCGCAGACGGAGACAUCACUACGAUGAAGAUCCAGAUGAUGCCAUGGAUGCCGACAUCAUGGACGAGGAGCUCUCCCUAGAAGCCCUGGGCGAUGUCAAGGCCUCCAAUCUGACCGAGUGGGUGUCUCAGCCUCCAGUCCAGCGAACCAUCAAGCGCGAGUUCAAGGCCUUCUUGACAUCAUACAUUGAUGCAUCUGGAUCCUCCGUCUAUGGUAACCGCAUUCGCACGCUCGGUGAGGUCAACGCAGAGUCGUUGGAGGUCUCGUAUGAGCAUCUAGCUGAAAGCAAGGCCAUCCUUGCCUACUUCCUUGCCAAUGCCCCUGCUGAGAUGCUCAAGCUGUUUGACCAAGUGGCCAUGGAUGUUGUGCUCCUUCACUACCCCGAUUACGAGCGAAUUCACUCCGAAAUCCAUGUUCGCAUCUUCGACCUACCCGUUCACUACACACUUCGACAGCUGCGUCAGUCACACCUCAACUGCCUUGUGCGUGUCAGCGGAGUUGUCACGCGCCGAAGUGGUGUUUUCCCCCAGCUCAAAUAUGUCAAAUUCGACUGUGGUAAGUGCGGCGAGACCCUGGGUCCUUUCCAGCAAGAGUCCCAUGUGGAGGUCAAGGUUACAUUCUGUCAGAGCUGCCAGUCUCGCGGACCCUUCACCUUGAACUCGGAGAAGACCGUCUACCGAAACUACCAGAGACUUACUCUACAAGAGUCUCCUGGCACUGUUCCUGCCGGACGUCUUCCCCGCCACCGAGAAGUCAUCCUGCUGUGGGAUCUCAUUGACAAGGCCAAGCCUGGUGAAGAGAUUGAGGUUACGGGCAUUUACCGAAACAACUACGAUGCCCAGCUGAACAACCGCAACGGCUUCCCCGUUUUUGCAACCAUUCUCGAGGCCAACAACGUUGUCAAGUCUCACGAUCAACUUGCUGGGUUCCGCUUGACUGAAGAAGAUGAGCAAGAGAUUCGCAAGCUGGCUCGCGACCCCAACAUUGUGGACCGAAUCGUCAACUCCAUCGCCCCCAGCAUUUACGGACACACAGACAUCAAGACUGCAGUUGCACUGUCUCUGUUUGGUGGUGUUGCCAAGACUGGUAGAGGAGCCCAUCAUGUUCGUGGUGACAUCAACGUGCUUCUUCUCGGUGACCCAGGAACUGCCAAGUCGCAGGUCCUUAAAUAUGUCGAGAAAACAGCACACAGAGCCGUGUUUGCGACUGGUCAGGGUGCCAGUGCUGUCGGUCUGACGGCUAGUGUCCGUCGAGACCCCCUGACGAGCGAAUGGACACUCGAGGGCGGUGCUCUUGUUUUGGCCGAUAGGGGCACAUGUCUAAUUGACGAGUUUGACAAGAUGAACGAUCAAGACAGAACUUCAAUUCACGAAGCCAUGGAACAGCAAACCAUUUCCAUCUCCAAGGCUGGUAUCGUGACGACUCUGCAAGCCCGCUGCGGUAUCAUUGCUGCAGCCAACCCGUUGGGAGGCCGUUACAACUCAAUGAUUCCCUUCUCCGCCAAUGUGGAGCUGACAGAGCCCAUCUUGUCGCGUUUCGACAUUCUCUGUGUGGUGCGAGAUUUGGUAGAGCCAUCUGAGGACGAACGGCUGGCGAGGUUUAUCGUUGGCUCCCACGGUCGAAGCCAUCCCUUGUCACAGGCCCGCCCAGACGCAACUGCCACUACCCAGGACACCGCCAUGGAUACCCAGCAGACAAGUGCAUCCAGAGGCCAGCGUGAUGGGGAGAUUUCUCAGGAACUUUUGCGUAAAUACAUCUUGUACGCUCGAGAACGCUGCAGCCCCAAGCUCUACCACAUGGAUGAGGACAAGGUAGCCCGUUUGUUUGCAGACAUGCGAAGAGAGUCCCUUGCCACAGGCGCGUAUCCAAUUACUGUCCGUCAUCUUGAAGCCAUUAUUCGAAUCAGCGAAGCGUUUUGCAGAAUGCGUCUUUCUGAGUACUGCUCCGCGCAGGACAUUGACCGUGCCAUUGCGGUAACGGUGGAGAGUUUUGUUGGUAGCCAAAAGGUCAGCUGCAAGAAGGCCCUAGCCCGCGCCUUUGCAAAAUACACGCUGGCUCGGCCAGGUGCCAAGAAAGGAGGGAAUCGAUCGCAGAGGCAGCCAGAAGCCGUGAUGGCCUAA